AUGCUGACAUGGCCGGGUGUCUUCGCCCUGCUCGGGGCUGCUCUCCCGCCAGCGGAGGCUCAGCAGCGCAGGUGUGCCUACCUGGCCAGGCCCAACAACGCCCGGCCAAUGGAGGAGGCAGGAAACGUGAGCGGGGCGGUGCAGCGGUGUGGCCACACCCCCUGCUGCAUGGGCUACUUCAGGCUGAGCCACGGGCCUCCAAUCCCAGACCUGCUAGGGUGCAACGUGGUGCCGAGGGAGUGCCCCGAGUCCUCCUGCUCCUCCUCCCAUCAGGUGGACAACUUCACCCACUGCGUGUGCAGCGCCGACCUCUGCAACGCCAACCUCACCUGGCUGGCCCCGCCCCCGCCUGGCCCCGCCUCCUGGGGGGUCAGCAGUAUCUGCACGGUGCUGAUCCCCAUGGCUCUGCUGCUGCUCCUCUGCAUGGUCAUGUGCCACAGGUCCAUCAGGAAGAGCGGGGCGAAGCCUUCUUAUGGGAGGGUGACAUCACAGUGCUCGUGUCAUGGGUCGCAGAGUCCAGAUCUCGACCUCACCUGCAUCGAGCUCCACCAGAUGGUGGGGCAGGGCUACUUUGCGUCGGUGUGGAGCGGGUCGGUGGCCGGCGCGGCGGUGGCUGUGAAGGUGUUCCCGGCGCGCUCCCUGCCUCAGUGCCUGACGGAGCGGAGCGUGUACAGCCUGGCUCUGCUGGAGCACGCCGGGGUUCUGCGGUUCCUGGGCGCCGGGUCAGUGCCCCACGGGCCGGACCGCUUCCUGGUCCUGGAGCUCGCCACACAGGGCUCUCUGCGGUCCUUUCUGUGCCAGAACAGCAGCAGCUGGGCCUGCACUCUGAGGCUGGCGCAGGGCGUGGCCCAGGGCCUGGCCUUCCUGCACUCCGACUUCCACAGGAAAGGGAUGCACAAGCCCUCGGUGGCCCACGGGGACAUCAGCAGCAGUAACGCAGUGGUGCGCGCCGAUGGCUCCUCAGCGCUCUGUGACUACAGCUGCUCCACCAUCCUCUGCUCCUGCUCCCCACUGCACCAGCACAGCAACGUGUCCCAGGUGAGUCCUCAGAUGGGCACGCUGUGCUACAGGUCCCCGGAGGUGCUGGACGGCUGUGUGAACCUGAGGAGCAGUCACUACCUCCUGCAGGGAGACGUGUACGCCCUGGGCCUGCUGUUCUGGGAGCUGUGCAGCCGCUGCGCUGAUCUCUGCACAGGACCCGCCGUGCCGGAGCACCAGCUGCCCUACGAGGCCGAGCUGGGUGGCAGCCCCUCCCUGGGGGAGCUGGUGGACUGGGUCUCAGAGAGGAGAGAGCGCCCCCACAUCCCCCCGUCCUGGGGGGUCCACUUCCAGGGGACUUACACCAUCAAGGAAGUUCUGGAAGACUGCUGGGACCACGACCCUGAGGCCCGGCUGACCGCCCAGAGUGCUGCCCGACGAUUGGCUACCCUCUCGCCCUGA